AUGUCAGAAUUCAGUUAUCUCUGUACUGCACGGGGCAUUCCUUACAAGUACAAAACAGUUAUUCAAGUUGUCAGCGAAAUGGCAACAUCUUUUCCUAACAAAGAAAUUCUCAUUUAUCGAAGUAUUGAUGGGGUCAGGGAAACCUUGACUUGUCAUCAACUUCAGACGCAAGCAACAAAGUUAGCAGGUUAUCUCAUCAGGAAAGGAAUUAAGAAGGGAGAUAAAAUUGCUCUUUCUGGACCCAACUCCCUAGAGUGGGUGAUCGCAGAAUUAGCAAUAAUCAUGGCGGGGGCUAUUGUUGUUCAUGUUCCCUUCAGCAACACCGACGCCAGAGAUGUUUACGAAAUAGCUUCAAUUGCUGAGUGCAAGGGUUUUUUAAUUGACCCUGGUAAACAAGAUGAAUAUGUAGACAUGAUUUUAAAACUUCAAACCUAUCUAGUGGAAAACAUGAAUGUUUCAGCUUUGGUUUUUCUCAGAAAGAGCGGGCAUUUAACAUCCUAUGAUGACCUCCCUGAAGUAUUGCAUUUGGAAGAAGAAACUGAAGUUUCAUUUCCUACACUCUAUCCCGAGGAUGAAAUUGUGCUUUUCACGACCUCGGGAAGCACCGGGAAGCCUAAGAUGAUCCCUAAAACACACUUUCAUGCAACCAACAAUAAUAUGAUCUCUUCAGGGAAAACAUACAAUGACCGGCCGUUUGCUUGGGCGGGAGGAUCUUCCAUUGUAACAGUGUAUCAAGGGGAACCUAGAGUCUUCUGCGAUUCCGCAAUUGCCUCAGAAGGACGUAACACGUUGAAGAUAUGGGAAGUAAUCAAGGAAGAACAAUGUACUUCGGCAAUAUUAUCACCAUAUUUUCUUUCAGAUCUGGCGGAUAACGAAGAAAAUUACAUAGAUCCGUUCAUGCUCGAUGUCCUUAACACAGGUGGACAACCAGUUGAGAAUUUCCACACGAAGGUCGUUGGCAAAUUCACAAAGACUUUGAGAGUCGCAUAUUCAUCAACCGAAGUAUUUUGUAUAUCUAUGCUUCCGAUCUAUACUACUGCUGGGAAAAUAGAAGUUGGUGAUGUAGGAAAACCAAUACCAGGUAUGGAAGUGAAAAUAAUUGAUGGGGAUGGAAAUAUUUUGAGAAAAAAUGAGAAUGGAGAGCUUUGUAUUAGAAGUAUGUGUGGUUUUGAGAAAUACUACAAGAACACAAGCUUAACAGAGGAAGUGAUUUUGCCUGGAAAGUGGUUUCGAUCUGGUGACAUUGCGCAUAUAAAUGAACGCAGUCAUAUUAUAUUAAAAGGCCGUAUAAAGGAUUGCAUUUCCCGGGGUACAAGGAAAAUUAUACCCAGUAGCAUCGAACAAAUCAUCCUCAGAAAGAAUGGUAUACGAAAUGUGAUUGUGGUUGGUGUACCUGAUAAGCGUCUAUACGAAGAAAUUUGCGUUUGUUACGUCACAGAUCCUGGGCUGGAAAUUUCACCAACCGAUGUAAAACAGUUUUGCCUGGGGGAGUUCGUUGGACACGAUGCUAUCGAUGGUCUUGGAGAAAUGCCGAAGUAUUUUGUCAGAUUCCAUAGUCUACCGAUGCUUAGUAAUGGAAAAAUUAACAAGCAACAAGUUAGAAUUGAUGCCAUUCAACAGCUGGAAUUGGUUGAUUAG